AUGCGAUUGUGCCUACCACUAUGUGCACUUUUGGUUGUGAUCGUUCUCGGAUCGGACUAUCCACGAGAUCCAUAUGCAACACUUGGCAUAUCGAGAAAAGCCACUGCUAAAGAAAUCAAGAGGGCGUAUAAACAGCUCGCCAAGGAAUGGCAUCCGGAUAAAAACACAGCGCCAGAAGCGCAGGAGCGGUUCGUUGCGAUAAGCCGAGCCUAUGAGCUACUGUCUGAUCCUCUCAGAAAGGAACGUUAUGAUAAAUUUGGAGCAGUUGAUGAAACACCGCAAUCAGGACCGCAGUUCCAUGGGUUUGGUGGAUUCGAACACUUCAACCUUUUUGCUUUCAGUUUGAUGGGUAAGCAUUUAACUGAUGCACUUUUCAGAAGUUAUUACCAACCUUUCCUCCUUUAUGCCUACUCCAACUACUGUCAGCUGUGCUUCCGAUUGCAAGCGCAAUGGAAGGCAGUUUCGGAGGAUCUGGAGCCUUUGGGUUACGGUAUCGGUGCUGUCAAUGCUAUGACCGAUGGUAAUUUGUUGGAGAAGUUACGGAUUUCACGUCUUCCUGCAAUCGUAGCCAUCAUCGAAGGGAGAGUGACCCAUUACCGUGCGGAUAUGUUUUUGAUGAAUGCGAGGGAUGUGCGCAUUUUCGCUCGAGAUGUCAUUCCAAGAACGUUUAUGGGAUUGAUCAACUCUCAUGAUGGUCUUUCAAGAUUUGUUAAUCAGUGGCAGCAGAGUAAUAAGAUAUCGGUGGUUGUACUGGGUGCUGCUGCUGAACCACGAAUGCGGUAUCUCCUCGCUGCAAUGAAAUUCUCUCAUUUUGCUCGAUUCGCCUAUAUUCAGGUUUCAUCGCAGUCGGAUGAGGUAACCUCGAUUCGUGAGGAUUUGUCUAUUAAAUGUACACAAUGUGAAAACGUUCUCAUAUUCAACGACUUACCAGGGGGUGGACCUGUAGCCCGAUUGUCUAUUAGUAACAUUAAUCAACUCACCAUGGACACCCUAAACACUUUGAUUGAAAACAACAAAUGGAUAAGCUUGCCAAGGCUUUCUUCAUCUGAUUAUCUCGACGAAUUGUGUCCAGUGUCAUCAAGAAAUCCUCGCCGUCUAUGUGUCAUUUUGCCUGUGAUGGAUUCUUCUGAAGAUGAAGAUUUCCUAAAUAGUUUCCGUGUGUUCGCACGGCAGCAUAAGGAUCACUAUGCUAAGCAGAAGGUGAGGAUUAGACGGCUGAAACAUACCCCUCAUCGUCUUACAGCCAGAGCCAUUUUGGUCGUUCUUACAUAUAUUUAUGCUAAUAGGCAGUCUGAGUGGAUCAAGCCGUUUUUGGAAAAGCGAGCAGGCGACAGCGUUGCAGAUGCAAGGGAUAUAUUGGUAAUUUGGCGCAUCGAACAUGUGAAAGCUCGUUUCACGUGGCUCGAAUCCGCAUGGGGUGUUGGUGCCGAGCACUUCGAGGCUUUAUUGGGCGGUGUAAUAUCACAAAACACUCGACUGGACCUGACAGCUCCAGUGGGGAACUUGAUUAAUGAGUAUGCUCCCUCAUGGUGGACGCGUAUGUGUCGUGCUCUAGUGCGCAUGGUGCAAUCUGCCUGGUUCCACAUAACAAAAGAGGAGGCGUACCCCGUGCUAUCAGCUGUUGCAACGUUCCUCGUUAUCCUCAUAAUAGGCUACAGUCUGAACUACAUGAAUCAAGAAUCAAGGCCGAAGAAAGAAAAGCCACGGACAUUUGUAAAUGAUGAGUGGCACCCAGAGGAUCCGCAGUCAAAAUCAGAUCCACCGCAAAAACCAAAUCCUCAAGCGAGAUUGCAGCGUGCGUUAUCUAUAAUGAAUCCACACAUCCAUGAAUUGCGAGCGGAGAGCUACUUUGGCAUGAUCCGUUUGUUGAAGCCAGGAUGCCGAUCUCUCAUACUUCUCGUCGAUGAACAGUGUAAAGAGAAACUGUUGAUGCAGUUUGCCCAAUAUAUUCUGCCUCUCAGAAAUAACAAGACGUUUUCAUUUGGAUUUUUAAUGGUGGAAAAGAAUUUACCGUGGUUCCGAAAACUACUUGAACAUACUCUUCCUCUUGGUGACGAAUGUACUCCGAAUGAGGGAAAUUCUCUGUAUGUGAAGCUCAAGUCAAUAAACCCGCGUCAGACAGUCGGUACGGUUCUUGCGUUAUGUGGAUGGAAGCUGUAUUUCUCGAUAUAUCAUCCUAUGCACUCGGCUGGAAAGAAGAAGCAGCAUAACCAGCAUUUCUUAGGAUUCGAUGACGAUGACAUUACGUCGGAUUCCGAUAGUGAUAAUGGUACUGCGGAAGAUGUAAGUGUGAAAAAUACUUCUGAUCUACUGUGCUUUGUAAAACUACGAAUUGCACUAGUUGGAAAGGUUGAAAGCGGUUUUUUUUUUCGCCGAGAAGUAAUGUUACGUCGAACGGGUAGUGUUGUCAGUGUUGAUAAUGUUCUAAAUGGAUUUCCUAAUUGGUUAGACAGACUUUUGGAAGGAUCAAUACGACGGUAUUACAUUCCUGAAUGGCCGGAUAAUCUCCGAUGA